AUGGCAAGAAAACCAGGUCUUGCACCAAAAAAAGUUCCAUUACAAAAAUUAAAUAAAACAAACCCAAAUUUUUCAAAUAGACAAAAACAAAUACAGAGAAGUAAACAAGAAGAUGAACAUAGAAAGAAAUUAGAAGAAAUACCAGAAGAUAAUACAUCACAUAUGUUUUUUUCAUAUAAUGAAGCAUUAGUACCACCAUAUCAUGUUAUUAUAGAUACAAAUUUUAUAAAUUUCUCAAUUUCACAUAAAUUAGAUAUUAUUCAUUCAUUAAUGGAUUGUUUAUAUGCUAAAUGUAUACCAUAUAUUUCAGAUUGUGUAGCUGCAGAAAUUGAAAGAUUAGGAUCUAAAUUUAAAGUUGCAUUAAAAAUUUCAAAAGAUCCAAGAUUCCAAAGAUUAACAUGUUCACAUAAAGGUACAUAUGCAGAUGAUUGUAUUAUAAAUAGAAUAACAAUGCACAGAAUGUUUAUAGUUGCAACUUGUGAUGCAGAUUUAAGAAGAAGAAUUCGUAAAAUUCCUGGUGUACCAAUUGUUUAUCUUAAAGGAAAGAAAUAUACUGUUGAAAGAAUGCCAGAUUUAUUACAAUAA